CUCUUGUCAUUGGUUAGACAGGUCAAGCCAAGUUACAGUAGAUAUACUAUAAUGGCAGUGCGACCUUUGCGUUAGCUGUAACAGUACAAAAGCUAAGUGGUAUAUAAAAGUAAAAUGUGGAUAUUUUUGAUGCUCUUCGGAGCUGUUAUAUCAGAACCAGUAGAUGAGGUUAUGAAUCUUAUAAAUGAGAAAGAAAUUCUGCGAGACCAUGGUAUACGGCAUAUCAUACCAGAGUAUGUAUCCCCUGAAUUAAGUGACAAGAAAGAUAUUCAGUUUUUAGAUUUGUUUAGUAACAAGGACAAUAAGCUAUAUAACACGUUCAACAAUUAUGUAGAAAAAGGUGCCACAUCAAAAGGCUUGACUUUUAACAUUUACGAUGAUGAAUUAAGGAAUGCUGCCAUAGCACUUUUCAGAUUAUUGACAAACUCCAGCCAAACUGAUAAAAAUAAUUUUGAUAAAUUAAAAAAAUGGGCAAAGGACAACGUUAACGAUGAUUUGCUGGAUUACGCGUUACAUCUUACGAACGUUUUCGGUAACACUAAUCUGGAUGCACAAUUCUUACCCCCUUUUAUUUAUAAACCGAAUUUCUUUGUCAGUGGAGACGCUAUAAUAAAAGCCCUUAAGUACCUUGUAAAUGAUGGUGAAAUCAGUGAGGAUAUCAAAAAAACAUACCAAAUUCUGAAUAUAGACAAAAACACUACAUUUAUUAAUGCAAACUAUUCUCUAUGUAGUAUUGAACAAGAAUUAUGUAAAGCACAAAUUAAAUAUUUCACAGAAGACGUGGCAUUGAACAGUUAUUAUUAUGGCUUACACCUUCUUCAUCCAUUUUGGAUGUCUGACGAAGAGCUCAAUAAAGCGAAUCCUAAUCAUGCUGCGAACUAUUAUUUCGCACAUCAACAGUUAUUUGCACGGUAUCUUUUAGAAAAAGAGAACAUAGAUCCAAAUAUUGUAUGCAUUGAAUCUAGUGCCGAACCAAAUUUUCAGCCUAAUUUAUACUACGAAAAUGGGCUCCCUUUUCCUACGAGAACUUCAAUACUGGGACGUGCUAUACGUACUCAUGUAACGUUCUUACAAAAUAUAGACAUGACUUUAACGGAAUGCAUACAAAGAGGAAUAGUUAAAGUGGAAAAUGGCAGCUGGAUAAAGGUGACUGAAGAAAAUUCCAUGAAUCUCGUGGCGAAAUUUAUUCGAUCUGAAAUAGAAGAUGUUAUGGCAGCAAAAAUUAUCCGUUCCGUAUUUGGUUAUGCAACGAAUGGAUACCCGAUUCACUUGUAUAAUCCUGCACCGUCAGUCAUGCAUCACCCGCAAACCGCAUUAAGAGAUCCAGUAUCUUGGUAUUUGAUCAAAAGAAUUGUUGACUAUUAUGUAUUAUACACAAAUAAUACUAAAAGUUACGACUUGUCUAAAUAUGAAAGGAGCGAUUACACAAUCGCAAACUUAGAAGUUACAAGAAUUACGACAAUUUUUAACUAUUAUAUGAUAAACUUGUACAAGUCUUUCGGUGAGAAAGCAAAUCCCGUAAAUUCAACAAACAUCUUCGCUAGGCAGAGAAGACUGAAUCAUGAACCGUUCAAAGUAAUUUUAACAGUACAUUCUAAAAUUGAAAAAGAUGUUAUAAUAAGGAUUUUUAUAGGUCCUGAAUGUUCUAUAAUGGAAUGUUGGGAUAUGCAUAUUGGAUUCUUUCAACUUGAUUGUUACCGGUACAGGCUUAUUGAAGGUUUUAAUAUUGUAACUUGGACUCCAGACACAUCACUAAGAUACUCCUCAGAUCAACAAUUUAAUUAUUCUGUCCCUUACGAUAGUGUCAUAGAAAACUAUGACAUAUUUAAGUUUCCCAAAAACCUUGCCAUUCCUAAAGGACGAGAACAGGGUGUUAAUUUCACCAUGUUUGUAAUGAUACUUGAAGAUGAAGAAAGUCACGAUGACUUCAAAGAAUCAAGCAUAUACAAGAAAAUAACAGAUGAAAUAAGCAAUAAACCCUUAGGGUUUCCUUUUCACAGGAAAGCGGACAUAAAAUCAGUGAACGAUAACGCUCCAAAUUAUAAAUUUCAAAAUAUUACUGUAUUUCAUAUUAAAGACCCAGUAGAUGAUAGUGGCUAUUUUUCACCAUAUUUGUACUGAAAAAUGACACAGUAUAUUAAAUUCAAUGUAAUAAAAUAUGUUUCAAUGUUUAAAAGUAUCUAUUUAUCACGAAUUAUGGAUACCUUUUUUAUUAUAACAAACAUUUUAAUUGAUGGGGUGGAAGUGUAAAUUGCUUCAUAUUGACACUCACAUAUUAUUAAAGUAACCAAGAUUUAUGUUAGCGAGAACAAUUACGAACAAUAUAGAUAUUUUUUAAUAAAUGCUGAUUUACCA